CCGUCCUUUGGAAUAAACCCUUCACUCCUUAGCAACCAUCUCUCAGUCUUCUUCAUCUCUCUGUCUCCUUGUUGUCGUGUUGCAGGGCUGUUGAAGCCAACAUGGAGUUGCCCAGACCUCAAAGCUCCUUCUUCAUCUGGGUUUUGUUCAUCAUGAUAGUUUCUCAGAACUUGGCCAUUCCCGUUCUUUGCAGAAGCUUCACAGAUCAAAAGAACUACUACCCACGUGACCCACACCACGGUUCUCACGGGACUCCUUCUCAAGGAACACCGUCACACGGUUCAGGUGGUAGCUAUGGAGGAAGUACACCAACCCCAUCUCAUGGAAGCGGUGGAAGCUACAACCCACCUUCUGGUGGAGGUGGAUAUUACUCGCCCCCUGGACAUUCUACGCCUGUCAACCCACCGUCAACUCCCACUCCGACCACUCCCACCCCAACCGUUCCUGGUAUCUCUCCGCCGUUUGAUCCGAAUGCACCACCACCCUUCUUCACUGGAACUUGCAAUUACUGGGCUACCCACCCACAGUUGAUAUGGGGUCUGUUUGGCUGGUGGGGAACAGUAGCUGGGAUAUUCGGGACUCCAACUUUUGGGACGAGCCUUACCUUGCCACAGGCGCUCACUAAUACACGUACUGAUGGAUAUAGUGCACUUUACAGAGAAGGAACAGCUUCUCUGCUGAACUCCAUGGUCAACAAGAGGUUCCCUUUCACAACUCAGCAGGUCAAGGAUCACUUCGCAGCAUCAGUAGUAUCAGAGAGGAGUGCAGCAGAUCAAGCCAAGAUUUUCAAGCAAGCUAACGAGGGCCACCUUAAGCCCAGAGCUUGAAGGCUGAAGCCAAUGCUUGGCUCUUACUUUCAAGUUCAAUGGCUUAUGUCCUGUUUAGUGCUUCCUUGGUUUCUCCUUCCAUUUUUAUUUGUUGAAGUUUCGUGUGUUUUCUUUGGUACUUCAUUGUCACUAGCACGGAUUCCUGGUUAGUUGUUGGUUUCUGAGAUGAUGUCUAUUGUGUCAUAUUACAUGCAUUAAGACAAUACCUUGGUUAAUGCUAGCUGAUAUUUUCUGGGUUCAUUA